CAAAAUGAUGAAAGGUGAAGCAACAUCAUACCACACUUCAUCAUGAAGCUUUGAAAAAGGUUCAAUUUGAUCCCACUUUACCCAUUAUUUUAGUGCCAUAUUUUGAUCUUUACCACCCUUUAAUUGCUCCUGAACCCUACCACUUCUCAUUCCGAAAGUUCCACCCCUUAUCUUUGAAUGUACCAAAAAUCUCCCAAUGAACCCAAAAAACAACAAUCAAAGGAUUUUUCAGAGAACCCAAAUGCAAAGUUGCAAUCUUUUAUCAAUUGCAAGGUGUUUCAAUGGAUGUCGAGAUCAUACUCAAGUUUCAGGGAUCGGGACCAGGGUUUGGAACCUUAGUGACAAGCCUGUUGAGUUGCAGAUAAGGGUGGGCUCGAUAUUGAAAAAAGUUCAUACACUGAAGCCUGGAUCAUCAAAGAGGUUGAAAAGCAAGAAGAUUUACAAGGCUUAUGUUCCUGGUGAAGGUGGUCGUGGUGGUAGAGAUGGUGGUGGUGGAACGAGGAGUUUUUUGUAUUAUUAUGACGAAACGUGUCAUCCUUAUAUUUGGGUACAUGACACCUCAGGUGAUUUCUCUAGGAUGGUAAGACAACAAUAUAUCAGUCUAGAAGAUCUUAGAGAUUGUUCUGAGAUCAGGAUCUUUAGAGAUCACAUAAAAGGUUCGAUAUCUAUUAGGAAGAAGCCUAGACAAGAUUUUUGUUGAUUUUUUUUCCUUUGCAUCUUUUUUUUGUAAGAUAAGUCAUAAGUGUGCAUAUUCUUGUUAGCUCUUCAUUGUCUUGUUUCAAUGCGUUUUGCAAUAAAGUUAUAUGAUUGUACUGUGUAAUGAUCAUUGUAUCAUGCUUCUUCAGAAAAGAAUAUAUAGAACUUUUGAAUGUUA